AUGAUUCCUCUCAUUUUAUUGCUCUGCUUCGUUUUCUUCCUUCUUCAUCAGUAUCUUUGGAGACGAAGAGGUCUUCCACCUGGACCCACACCUAUUCCCGUGUUUGGAAACUUAUUUCAACUCUCUGGCUCUGAGGCUCCAGGAAUCUCUAUAUUUCAGAAAUGGAAAGACCAGUAUGGUCCAAUAUUCACUUUCUACAUGGGACCCGUUCCAUUUGUUGUGUUAACUGAUUAUCAAGAUAUCAAAGAGACAAUAAUCAAGGAUGGGGAAACGUAUGCUGACAAAUAUCUCUCACCAGAGUUCAAUUUAUAUUUUCGAGGUGGAGAGUACGGUAUCAUGGAUAUCAGUGGAGACCGUUGGCGAGAGCAUAGAAAGUUUGCAGUUCUUCAAUUGAGAGAGCUUGGCGUUGGAAAAUCUCAAAUGGAAUCAAAAAUUCUCGAAGAAGCAGAAGAGCUAGUCAAGAAAUUGAAAACUUGUGAGGUUCUUCAAGAAGAUUUCGUUCUUCAGACAGACCUUGAUGUAGCAGUUGGAAGCGUUAUUAAUCAAUUUCUAUUCGGAUAUCGGUUCGAUGAGUCGAAAAUGCAUGAGUUUGUGAAAAUCAAAACAUUAGUAAAUAAUUUCAUGGAAGAAGUUGGAAAACCAUUAGGUGUUCUUGCGUUCACUUGCCAUGGAAUACCACCAUUCAUUGUCAAGCAGAUGGUUAGUGGAAUCGAAGAACAAAAACGAGAAUUAUUCGGAUUCCUAAGAGCACAAAUUCAAGACGCGAAACUUCGAAUCAACUAUGAAGAAGAGCACAACGACGAUUUUGUGGAGGCGUAUCUGAGGAAAAAGUACCAACGAGAACAGAACAAUGACUUCGAAAGCUAUUGCGAUUCUCAACUUGAGAACGUGUGUUUCGACAUCUGGGCUGCUGGAUUCGACACCCUCACAAAUACAAUCGGCUUCCUGUUCGCCUACGCUAUAAAUUAUCCGGAAAUGCAGAAGAUCAUUCAUCAGGAAAUAGACGAGUAUCUGGGUCAUCACAGACGUCUUCUUACUAUGUCAGACAAGAAUUCACUGGUUUACUUUAACGCUUUUGCGAAUUUUCUUCCUGCUUCCGACGGAUUACCUUCGUUGUUCAAGGAUUUCAGUCUGGUAUCUCACGUCAUUCCAUUCAUGUGUCGAAUCAGAUCGCGAGAUCAUCCCGAAGAAUCGAAAUAG